UCGAGUUUUGUAGCCAGUGCUUCGACGGGACGGUUAUUGCAGUAGCAACCGACGACAGCCGGAUGAACGCUUGUGUUUUGAACAGCUGGGAAUAUUCAGAAGCAAAAAUCAUGAAUAUAAAAUGCGAAAUGUGUGCUUGGUAGAGACAGAUAGUAAAAAUGGAUAAAAAGGUUGAGGAAGCGGAAUCUGAGGGGAUUGACUGGGGAAGACGUGGCGCUGCUGAGGGAGAGGUGUUAAAGAACAGCACAACUUUAUCCAAGAAUGUCCACACCUGUCUUCCUUAUCCACUUACAGACCCCGUCAAAUGUUCUCUGAUAAAAGGAGACUAUCUCUACUUUCACUACGGCUGUGAUGGACAAGAUGACAGAGGCUGGGGAUGCGGCUACCGCACCGUUCAGACGAUGGCUUCCUGGCUUUGUCACAACUGGUUUCCACUAAAGGACAAACGCAGACCUCCACCGAGCCUCCCAGAAAUCCAGCAAGCCCUGGUCGCAAUGGGGGACAAACCAGGCUCGUUCUCCAGCUCCAGGGAGUGGAUAGGGACGUUCGAAGCCUCCCUGGUCCUCGACUAUUUCUACGACGUGCCCUGUAAGCUGGUACAUGUCAGAGGUGGAGGGGCAGAGCUGGAGCAGGUUGCAGUGGGGGAGCUCCACCAGCACUUUGAGAAGCACGGGUCUCCAGUCAUGAUGGGAGGGGACAGGGACAACUCCUCUAAGGGGAUAUUAGGGGUGUGCACGGGGGACAGUGGGAGCUGCUUGUUAGUUGUCGACCCUCACUACUAUGGGUGUCAGCUGGGGAGGACAGAGCUGCAGAGGCGCGGGUGGGUGGCGUGGAAAAGAGUUUCAUCUCUGGAUCAGUCCUCGUUUUAUAAUCUGUGUAUGCCUCAGACCGCCCCCAAAAAAUGAACAUAAACUAAGUGAGAAACCCAAGUGUGUGUCAGAAUUACAAAGUGUAUUAUUUGUGCAGAUGAGCAAUUGUGUGAUUUUCUCAUGGAUGCAGUUAAACAUGUUUUAUGGGACAGAUUUACAAUGCAUUGUCAAUAUAAGAUGCAGUGCCAUCCUGUGGAUGAAACCAAUAAUCACAACACGUUUAAAAAACAAACUGAUGUAACAAUUUUUAUGGUCA